GCGCCGCGGCCUCGGCAGAGCGCGCCACUCCUUCGUCGAGGCAGGACGUGUGCCCUAGCCUGCAGAGCCGAGGCCAGCAGGAGCAGUGCCCAGCCAAGGCCAGCCGUGCCCAGUGGACCCAAGACCCGGGCAUCCUCUGCCUUAUCUCCGCUUCGCGGGUCCGCACAGCAGUCCCCGCCUGGUCGGGAACCUCGGGCGCCGCCGGCGGAUCGCUCUUGCUGCAGAGCCAACAUGCCCAUCACUCGGAUGCGCAUGAGACCGUGGCUAGAGAUGCAGAUUAAUUCCAACCAAAUUCCGGGGCUGAUCUGGAUUAAUAAAGUGUGGACAGUAACCCUCUUAAAGGCACCUGAAGUUUCCAGCAGCCAGACUCUCCCAGCAUUUGCAGAGCUUGAGUUCUUAUCUCCUCCCAGGGAUACCCCUACCACACACACAGCAUUCUGCAGGGCUCUGGCUGGGCAGAUGAUAGGAAACAGAGAGGAGGAGAUGAUCUUCCAGAUCCCAUGGAAGCAUGCUGCAAAACAUGGCUGGGACAUCAACAAGGAUGCCUGUUUGUUCCGGAGCUGGGCCAUCCACACAGGCCGAUACAAAGCUGGAGAAAAGGAACCAGAUCCUAAGACAUGGAAGGCAAACUUCCGCUGUGCCAUGAACUCCUUGCCAGACAUCGAGGAGGUGAAGGACCAGAGCAGGAACAAGGGCAGCUCGGCUGUGCGGGUAUACCGGAUGCUUCCACCCCUGACCAAGAACCAGAGAAAAGAGAGAAAGUCCAAGUCCAGCCGAGACACUAAGAGCAAGGCCAAAAGAAAGUCAUGUGGGGACUCCAGCCCUGACACCUUCUCUGAUGGACUCAGCAGCUCCACUCUGCCUGAUGACCACAGUAGCUAUACAGCUCAGGGAUAUGUGGGGCAGGACCUGGAGUUGGAGCAGGCACUUACUCCAGCACCAUCACCAUGUGUUGUCAGUAGCACUCUUCCUGAUUGGCACAUCCCAGUGGAAAUUGUGCCGGACAGCACCAGUGACCUCUACAACUUCCAGGUGUCACCCAUGCCCUCCACCUCUGAAGCUGCAACAGACGAGGAUGAGGAAGGGAAAUUACCUGAGGACAUCAUGAAGCUCUUGGAGCAAUCUGAUUGGCAGCCGACAAACGUGGAUGGGAAGGGGUACCUUCUCAAUGAACCUGGGGCCCAGCCCACCUCUAUCUAUGGAGACUUCACCUGCAAGGAGGAGCCGGAAGUUGACAGCCCUGCGGGAGAUAUUGGGCUCAGCCUACACCGUGUCUUCACAGAUCUGAAGAAUAUGGAUGCCCUCUGGCUGGACAAUAUGCUGCCCCCAGUCAGGGUGCCCUCCAUCCAAGCCAUUCCUUGUGCACCGUAGCUGGGCCUCUCGGCCUGGUUUCUCCCUAGGCAAACAAAACUUGGCAUCAUGGUGGCUAUGGUACAUAGAAGCUGGACUCCUGUGGGCCCCUCAACAUAGCAAAGUGUGACCCCACUGCUAAGCAGGGAUGGGACCUCUAUCUUUGGGUCAGUGGACUCUCAGAGGACCUGGCAGGCCAGGGUCUGGGUUUGCCUUGUGCUGUAAAGCUGGCCCUGCCUCCUGAGAAUUAGGGGUUGAGGUUCAGAGAUUGGUGUGUCAGGUGGACUUGGACAGAAGUUGGCCUUCAUAUUUUCUCUGUGAUCCCAGCUGCCUGGAGAGGGUCUCUCUGUCACUGAGUGGCCCUGCGGGGAACAGAUCAGUGACCUCAGAAUAGAAUAGCGCCAACUCCAGGGCUGGCUCUGCACUAAGAGACAAUUGCACUAAGUGAAUCUAUUCCCAAAGAACCCCCUCCCUUCCCAGUUGAGCCCUGGGGACUGUUCCAAAGCCAGUGAAAUGUGAAGGAAAAUUGGGGUCCUGUAGGGUGGUAUCCCUCAGCCUCAGAGGAGUGCUGCCCUGCUUCAUACUUCAGAUGAGGGGCUUGGGAAAAGACAUGGCACUUUUUCUUGUGGACCUUGCCACAUUUCUUAUCAGAAGUGUACACUAAUGUUUUCCCCAAGCUCUUGGCCUUCGCAUUUAUUUAUACAGUGCCUUGCCGUGUGCCCACCACCCCCCUCAGGCCCUGGAAGCUCUCAGCAGGUCCAGGCAGGGAAGUGUGAGCGUCUUGGUAUGACUUAAAAUUGGAAAUGCCAUCUAGCCAUUAAGUCAUGUGAGAUCACAUGUAGACAUGUUUAUAAAUAUGUAUAUAUUUGUCUUUUUAUAAAAAGUUAAUUGUU